AUGACUCCCCGGGAGCACAUGAGGAAGAUGUCCAUGCUGGGGGAACAGGGAUCCCUGGAGGAAAAGCACCUGUACCGGCUGGCAGGCGGCAUGGCAGCAGGAGAACUGCGGCAGCGGCAGGAGAUGCUGAUGAGGAACCAGCUGAUGGCAGUAAACCCGCAGCUGAUGGGGCCGGGCCAGCAGAGGAUGCAGGCGAUCCCCGCCCAGUUUGAGCCGCGACUGGUGGACAGAGAUCUGCUACCUUCAACUGAAAUGAUGGCCUCAGCUGACCCCAGACAAAUCCACAUAGCAUCCCACCUGGGACCCACAGUCCCACAGCACCCCAACAUGCCAAACCUGCUGUCCAACCGUGUCUACCCAGGCCCAGGAUACAGCUUUCUGCAGCCAGAAUCCAUGGAAGCUGUGGCCAGAAGACAAGAACUGGUUCAAAAGCAAAAUAUUGCCAGAAUGGAAAUGGAGAUGAGUGCUAUUUUUCAGCAAAAGGAAAUGGAGAAAGCCCAUCGGAAAGGACUCCUGGGCCUGGAAGCCCCUUUCCUUUACCACGGGAUGCCAGCGAGUCCCAUUGCUUUCCGUGGCAGGCACAGACUCCCCGAAGGGCACCUUGCCAACGACCUGUACGUCCACAGGACCACGCUGGACGAGAUCCAUGGCAACAGCAUGCUGAUGGCAGGCAGCCCCUACCCGCCGGUCACCACCCUGCAAAGGGAGAGGGGGCGCCGCCCAGGGAGGAGAGCUGGAAAUCACAAAACUGCCGAGGGCAGCGCCAACGGCACAAAGAACCAGGCAGACGACAAAUCCACCGACUCUGCCUCAGCUGCAGUGGAUGAGGAGAAAGAGGACAAGAAGGAAGUAGAGGUGGAGACACCAAACAAACACGAGCAGAGCAAAAACCAGACUGAGCCAGCAGUAGUUGCCAAGAACUGCAAAGAGUUUGAACAAGGCUUGAGAAAAAACUGUGCUACUCAUGACAUUCCUACUGAAAGCACCAGCUGCAGCAACACAAACGAGAAGGAAGCCAACAGCUCCUGUGCUGCUUUUGAUGACAAGUACCUGUACCCUUCUGCAAUCCCAUUCUCAGCAUUACCAUAUGGAUUUCCAGUGCCCAACAACCCAUUGCUACCUUCAGGAGCCCAUGGCCUGAUCCUGAAUGGAGAAGACAUUUCUUCUGUCGAAGACAUUCGCAAGUGGACAGUUGAUGAUGUGCACAACUUCAUUGUCAGCCUCCCAGGCUGCUCAGAUUAUGCCCAGAUAUUUAAAGACCAUGCUAUUGAUGGAGAAACCCUUCCACUGCUAACAGAGGAACAUCUCCUGGAUACAAUGGGAUUAAAACUCGGACCAGCAUUAAAAAUCCGCUCUCAGGUGUCCCGACGUCUGGGCAAUGUGUUCUACAUGAUGAAUGUCCCUCUGUCCGUGCCCCUGCCUCCUGCUGCAGGGAAACCCUCAGAGCAGCCUUCUGACAUGGCCUCCCCUCUGCACUGCAACAGCAGCGGUGACACCCUGGACAGUCCCUGCUCCCAGGACCCAGAAACCUCCCAAGCAGUGGAACAGAUGGUUUCAGAAAGCAGGGAAAAUCCAUGUGACACAGCUGGAUCCCAGGCUGACUUCCAGAUGAUUGCUUUCCAGAAAAGUUGA